AGCUGCGCCUGCGCAAGUCAUUGGCGCCAAGAUGGCGAUGGAGAUGAGGCUUCCUAAGGCUCGCAAACCUCUCAGUGAGAGCCUGGGGCGCGACUCUAAGAAACACUUGGUGGUACCGGGGGACACGAUCACCACGGACACAGGAUUCAUGCGGGGCCAUGGAACAUACAUGGGGGAGGAGAAGCUCAUUGCGUCUGUGGCUGGCUCCGUGGAGAGAGUGAACAAGCUGAUCUGUGUGAAAGCCUUGAAAACCAGAUACAAUGGAGAGGUAGGAGACAUUGUAGUGGGGAGAAUCACAGAGGUUCAGCAGAAGAGGUGGAAAGUGGAGACCAAUUCCAGACUGGAUUCCGUCUUGCUCCUGUCCUCCAUGAACCUGCCGGGAGGGGAGCUGAGGAGGAGAUCUGCGGAGGAUGAGCUGGCCAUGAGAGGCUUCUUACAGGAAGGCGACCUCAUCAGCGCGGAGGUCCAGGCAGUGUUCUCAGAUGGAGCUGUUUCUCUGCACACACGGAGCCUGAAAUAUGGGAAGCUAGGUCAGGGAGUUUUAGUCCAGGUUUCUCCUUCCCUGGUGAAACGACAGAAGACUCAUUUCCAUGAUCUGCCAUGUGGUGCUUCAGUGAUUCUGGGCAACAAUGGUUUCAUCUGGAUCUACCCUACACCCGAGCACAAAGAUGAGGAUGCUGGAGGGUUCGUUGCAAACCUGGAGCCGGUAGCCCUUAGUGAUCGAGAGGUGAUCUCCCGGCUUCGGAACUGCGUAGUCUUGCUGGUGACUCAGAGAAUGAUGCUGUAUGACACCAGCAUCCUGUACUGCUAUGAGGCCUCCCUCGCACAUCAGAUCAAAGAUAUCUUGAAGCCAGAAAUAAUGGAGGAGAUCAUGUUAGAAACACGCCAGAGGCUUUUGGAACAGGAGGGGUGAGGCCAGGUGCUGAAGGACAGGACUGUGCGGCUCAUUGGAGCAGCCUCUGGAAAGGACGAGCCUGCCAUAGUGACCUCACCACAUGUGGCCUAGGGAGGAUCGGACAAACAUCAUUCACCCACAGUGGCGCAGCAGAGACAAAGCCAGGGUGGAAGUGGAUGGUGGCUUUGGACGCUCAGGUCCCUUUCAGAGCCUGCUGUCCCAGUCUGACGGUGUAACUUGGAGAAUCCAUGUCUUCCGAUCAUAUCACACAGCACCCCAUGGAACUGUUCCAGUGGGCUGGGGAUUGUGCUCAGGGGUAGAACACUUUCCUGAUAUGUGCAAGGCCCCAGGUUCAACUUCCAGCCCUUCCCCCACCCCAGAAAAAAGGAAAACCAAAGAAAAAGAGAGAGACAUGCGGGGCCAGCGGGGAUGGUCUGUUUGGGCUUCUGCUCCAUCUUCAGUGCCCACGUGUGUGGUUGGAGAAGAGGUGGGGGGUGAGGGCAACAGUGAGGUGGGUAGAAGAAUAAAAUGAGCCAGCAGCCUUUGUUGGAA